GCGACCAUCCCCAUCCCGAACCCCGUCCCCAAAUCAAAAUUUCAAACCCUCCCACCCGCUCCGCGCAGCGCCAGCCGCAAACCCUAGCGCGCCGGCGGCGGCGACGGGGGAGGAUGCCGGACCUGCCGUGCGACGGGGACGGGGUGUGCAUGGUGUGCGGGGCGGCGGGGCCGGCGGAGGUGGAGCUGCUGCGGUGCGGGACGUGCGCGACGCCGUGGCACUCGCCGUGCCUCUCCCGGCCCCCCGCGCUGGCCGACGCGGCCGGGUGGGCCUGCCCCGACUGCGGCGGCGAGGGCGCGUCCCCGGCGCCCGCCCCCGCCGCGGGCGCCGGCGGCGGCAGCGGCCUGCUCGCCGCCAUCCGCCAGAUCGAGGCCGACGCCACGCUCUCCGAGCAGGACAAGGCACGCCGCCGCCAGGAGCUGCUCGGCGGGAAGGGCGCCGCCGACGAGGACGAGCAGGACGACGACGACGACGACGAGGACAACGCGCUCGAGAUCGUCGGCAAGAACUUCAGCUGCGUCUUCUGCAUGAAGCUCCCCGAGCGCCCCGUCACUACACCAUGUGGCCACAACUUCUGUUUGAAAUGCUUUGAAAAGUGGGUUCACAGUGGAAAAAGGACAUGUGGAAAAUGCAGGGGACCUAUCCCGUCCAAAAUGGCUGAGCAACCAAGGAUUAAUGCAGCAUUGGUUGCAGUCAUCCGUAUGGCCAGGACUGCAAAGAAUGCUAAGGCAGGCGGCUCAGGAAAUCCUGUUCAUUACAUAAGAAAUGAGGCUAGACCCGACAAGGCAUUCACGACUGACAGGGCAAAGAAGUCUGGGAAAGCAAAUGCUUCCAGUGGCCAGAUCUUUGUAACCAUUGCCCCUGAUCAUUUUGGCCCCAUUCCACCAGAGAAUGACCCUAGAAGGAAUCUUGGUGUAUUAGUUGGGGAAACAUGGGAAGACCGCCUUGAGUGCAGGCAAUGGGGCGCUCAUUUCCCUCAUGUAGCUGGUAUUGCUGGCCAGUCCGAACACGGUGCUCAGUCAGUAGCGCUCUCAGGUGGUUACAUAGAUGAUGAGGACCAUGGGGAGUGGUUCCUGUAUACUGGAAGUGGAGGAAGAGAUCUAAGUGGGAACAAGCGAACAAACAAGGAGCAAUCUUCUGACCAGAAAUUCGAUAAGAUGAAUGCUGCUCUGCGUCUUAGUUGCCAGAAGGGCUACCCUGUCAGGGUUGUGCGGUCUCACAAAGAGAAGCGUUCUUCAUAUGCUCCUGAAUCUGGUGUGCGGUAUGAUGGGGUCUACAGGAUUGAGAAAUGCUGGAGGAAGAUUGGUGUUCAGGGUACCUACAAGGUGUGCCGGUAUCUCUUUGUCCGUUGUGACAAUGAACCAGCUCCUUGGACCAGUGAUCUUCAUGGUGACCGGCCAAGACCCCUGCCCAAGAUUAAGGAGCUGCAAGGUGCAACUGACAUACAUGAAAGGAAAGGAUCCCCCUCGUGGGACUAUGAUGCAAAGGAAGGCUGGAAGUGGGUGAAGCCUGCACCGAUCAGCAAGAAGCCUGCCCAGUCAGGCGAUCCUGAGGCUGACAAGCAAUUCAGGAAACACCGGAAGCGUGCUCAUAUGUCUAUGAAUGAUAGGCUGUUGAAGGAGUUUGGGUGUUCCAUUUGCAAGAAUGUGAUGACAGAACCAGUCAGUACUCCGUGCGGUCAUAACUUCUGCAAAACCUGUUUGUUGGAUCAAUACGACGAGAGGGAAUCUACGAGGGAAAGAAGCAGGAACGGCCGCACUCUGCGUGCCCAGCAGAUUGUAAAGAAGUGCCCGUCCUGCCCAACCGACAUCUGUGACUUCCUGAAGAUCCCACAUAUUAACAUAGAGAUGAAGGAUCUGAUUGACAAUCUGCUUGCCAAGGCUGCCAAGGAUAAACAAGACGCGGAGGGAUCUGCAGAGGAAAAUGGUGACGAGGAUGCUUUGGAGAAGGAAGAGGAGGAUGACAGCAGCUUGAACGAGGAAGAGAAUGGUGAUGCUGCCGAGAAGAAGACUGAGGAAGAGGAAGCCGUCGUCAAGAUUGUGGUUGAGGCCAAGGAUGAUGAGCUGAAGAAGCAUCUGAAGCGCAAGGGAGGCGAGGAGGAAGCCAAAGAUGAGAAGGAGAUCAAGACCCCUGCUGCUGCUGCUCCUGAUGUGCAGAAUGCAGCUGAAGAGGACGCUGAGAUGGUUGAAAACAAGGAGGAUGAAGGUGCCCAGAAGGUUCAGAAGAAGCGCAAGGGGCGUGCCGAGGCAGCCACUACUGCCGCAGCUGGUGGUGGUAAGAGGAAGAAGGCCAGCCCUGCGGCCGCUGGUGGCGGCAAGAGGAAGAAGGCCAGCCCUGCUGCAGCUGAAGGGACCCCUGGAGGCAGCCCUGCUGCUGUGAGCACCCCUCGCCGAUCGACCAGGAGCGGCGGCGGCGUGGUGGCUGGUGGGAGCCCUGCUUCCAGGACCAGGAGCAACACCAAGGCCGACAACUGAAGGCCGUCGCCGGGAGCGGAGGAGGAGGAGGAGCGGCGCUGAGGCUGAUGCCCACCAUCGAAGAAGGUGCUCCGAUUUUUGGCUGGUCGUGUAAUAUUCGCGUAUCAUAUAUAUAUAUUUUAAGUUUAUAUUUGGCAGACUGUUUGCCCGGAGAUUGGAAGUGGAACUUGAUUUGGUGCUGCUGCCGGUGAUGAUGAUGGCAGUUGUUUUCGGUCGGAACCUUGUAGUUAAAGCUAAUACCGCACCGUACCCCCCCCCCCCCCCCCCCCCCCCCCCCCCGCUAUAUGGAAUUAUGGAUCCUGGAUGUUAUUUUGAAGUAAUGGUGAUGAUGAUGCUGCUGCUUUAA